AAUCCCCACUUCCGAGGACAAAUGGAACGCGGCAUCCGGCUUCAGGUGACAGACCCCCUCCCACCGGGAGAUGUUGCUGUCUGUGUCUGACACAACUAAACCCGCACGACUGAAACAAACCGCUUUGACAAAGUAGAGGAACGGAAUCCCGAGAAAAGCACAUUAGUGAGCCAAGCGAGUUGCGUGUUGACGCUGCGCUGCUGAACCGGAGCUGCGUCCCAAUAAACUCAUCAGGGAGCGUCUUUUUCUGCACCGACACCUCACUCACUCACUCUCUCGGAUGCAAUGACAGACUCGGUGGUGGACAGCAAAGGAGAGGUCAAACAAGCCACCAAAUAUGUCAAAGAGACCGAAAACGUGGCGGAGAAAUACUCGGCGUUGACCGUGAGCAAGAACAGCAGCGACGUGAACAUGAACGUGGGGGAGAUGCCGUCCGCAGCCUUCACCGCGGUGCCCACGCUCAAGUCCGUCAAAAAGAUUCAGUUUGCGAACGCAGAGGACAAGCAGGAGUUCAGCAAAUUCCCGACCAAGGCCGGUCGGCGCUCCCUCUCCAGGUCCAUCUCGCAGUCGUCCACAGACAGCUACAGCUCAGCUGCAUCUUACACCGACAGCUCCGACGAUGAAACCUCCCCCCGGGACAAAGCCCAGGUCAACACCCACGGCAGCAGCGACUUCUGCGUGAAGAACAUCAAACAGGCUGAAUUUGGCCGCCGAGAAAUAGAGAUAGCAGAGCAAGACAUGUCUGCACUGAUUUCCUUGAGGAAGAGAGCCCAGGGGGAGAAACCGCUGGCGGGAGCAAAGAUAGUGGGCUGUACUCACAUCACUGCUCAGACAGCCGUCCUGAUCGAAACCCUGGUGGCCCUCGGGGCCCAGUGUCGCUGGACUGCCUGCAACAUCUACUCCACUCAGAACGAGGUGGCCGCUGCUCUCGCUGAAACGGGCAUUUCUGUGUUUGCUUGGAAAGGAGAAUCGGAGGAUGAUUUCUGGUGGUGCAUUGAUCGCUGUGUCAACACUGCAGGGUGGCAGGCCAACAUGAUUUUGGAUGACGGUGGAGAUUUAACCCACUGGGUGUACAAGAAGUAUCCCAGCGUCUUCAAAAAAGUCAGAGGCAUUGUUGAGGAAAGUGUCACUGGUGUUCACAGAUUGUACCAGUUGUCUAAGGCUGGCAAGUUGUGUGUCCCUGCGAUGAACGUGAACGACUCGGUUACCAAGCAGAAGUUUGACAACCUUUACUGCUGCCGUGAAUCCAUCCUGGAUGGCUUGAAGAGGACCACAGAUAUUAUGUUUGGAGGAAAACAGGUGGUUGUGUGUGGUUAUGGGGAGGUGGGGAAGGGCUGCUGCACCGCUCUCAAAGCCCUUGGAGCCAUUGUGUGCAUCACAGAGAUUGACCCCAUCUGUGCCCUGCAGGCUUGCAUGGACGGAUUCCGAGUGGUCAAGCUGAGCGAGGUCAUUCGGCAGAUGGACGUGGUGAUAACUUGCACUGGCAACAAGAACGUAAUUACCAGAGAGCAACUUGACCGAAUGAAAAAUGGCUGCAUCGUCUGCAAUAUGGGACAUUCAAAUACUGAGAUAGAUGUGGCAAGCCUGCGCAGCCCCGAGCUGACCUGGGAGAGGGUUCGCUCUCAGGUUGACCACAUCAUCUGGCCCGAUGGAAAGAGAGUCAUCCUGCUGGCGGAGGGUCGCCUGUUAAACUUGAGCUGCUCCACAGUGCCUACGUUUGUGUUGUCCAUCACUGCCACCACUCAGGCCCUGGCCUUGAUUGAGUUGUUCAAUGCUCCAGAGGGACGUUACAAGCAAGAUGUGUAUCUUCUGCCCAAGAAAAUGGAUGAAUACGUGGCCAGUCUGCACCUGCCAAACUUUGAUGCCCACCUGACAGAGAUGUCUGACGAGCAGGCCAAGUACAUGGGCCUCAACAAGAACGGUCCUUUCAAGCCCAAUUACUACAGGUAUUGAUGUGGACACUCAGCACGAAGUUGCCCUGGGAUAAACAGAGAUGUCUAUUUUAUUUUCUCAACUGCUACAAAAAAAAGGAGGAAUUAUUUUACUUAUGCUGAAUGUAACUUAUUAAUAGCACCUCAGAAGUAGUGUUAAAUAUUACAGAAUAAUAUAUGUAGAGAAUAUAUAAUAUAUAUAAUCAACUAACGUCUUGUCGUGUGUUUAAAGAAAAGCUACUUGCAUGCGUUGAUGUUCAAUCUGUACGAUUUUAAUUACCGCUGAUUAUAUAACUAGAUUACGGAGCUGUUGAUUUGUUUGUUUACUCUAUUUACGCACAGUGCCAAAUAAUGGCCGUAUGUCUGAAACAGAACAUAGCCUUUUAUGUUUUAUUUGUGAGUGGCAUUAAGACUUUAUGGCUACAGUACGUUCCAUUGGGCUGAGCCAAAACAAACUGUGCUAGUAUUCACAUUAUUUUAGAAAUGUUUGUUUUGUGUGCAUGAAAUACUUUCAUCGAAUGGUGUCCGCAUACAUGCCCUAAAAGGUAACGUCCAGUCAUCCUUGAGAAAUGAUACCAGAAAUACAAACUGAAUGUUGUUUAUUUUAGGAUUUUUAUAAUACUCAAUGUGUAUUUAAGUAUGUUUUAAAUUUGAUCUGUGGAGACCAACGCUCUCCCGGAAGUGAUCAUCAAAUACUUUUAUUGUGCUAAAAACAGAUAAAGAUGUUAUAUUGCGUCUCGGCACAUGAGAUGUCAAGGACAUCAUACCUCACGUCUUUUAAAAGAAGAAAGUUGUAGAAGCUUGAGACAGAGCAGCAUUUUCUAGCGACCAAGUUUCCAUUCGCUCGCUUACAUUCCACCUGGUGAUCUGUGUCACGGAGGAGCCUUCUGACUGGAUGACGCCUUUUAAGGCCAUGGUAUGAACGUGCCUUUUUCAUCAUUUACAACUCUGUUUUCAAAGAACCUGGGACAGUGUAUAAAUGUAAAUCACUGAGAGUGGUACAAAGAGACCAAAAUGAGUGCUGAGACACAUACAUUUCAUUGUAAUAAAAAAAACUAAUUUGGAAUGUGGUCAAGAAGAAAGUUGGCGCACAUUUUUACAACCGAAAACAAUAAACCACAGGGGUUGAAUCUGCCAAAAAUGGAUGUUAGAUGGCAGGUGUUUUUUAUAUUAGGUGGAACCGAGGGGCGUAGGGGGUCUGGUUUGGUGGUUUCAUGAUUUAUUUUACAGAUGUUGUUAACUUUAUCAAGCUGCAGUCUUCAAGUUGUUCUGGAGCAGAUCUCAGCUGAGUGUGAAUCAGCACCUCCCAAUCUGAGGCCGAGGAUCUUAGUUGGAACGGGCUCCCCGGGUUUGGCAUGAGGUGUUUAAGUAUCUCAGGGUGGGGUUCAUGAGUGGUGGAGGAGUGGAGAGGGAGCAGAUGCUGAUGUGAUCCAUUGUGGUGAAAAGAACUGAGCCAAAUGACAAGGCCCUCUGUUAACUGGUCAGUCCACGUUCUGACCUUCCUCACAGUGACAAAUGGUUAGUAGUGACCAAAAGAAUGAAAUCACGUGUACAACACUGCAAAAACUCAAAAUCUUACCAGGAACAUUUUUUACUUAUUUCUAGUUAAAAUGUCUAAUUUUUAGUCAAAAAAUCUCAUUACACUUAAAACAAGAGUCAUCACCAGAUAAAUAACUUAUUUGACAAUUUUCACCUGUUUCAAGUAAAUUUUCUCUUGAAAUAAGUAGAAAAAUCUGAGAUUUAGAUUUAUCUUCUCAUUACAAGCA